AUGUCUGAAUCCUCGUUCUGCUACGGACAGCCUCGCCUCGAGAAUGAUCUCGUGUCCCUCGAACCGUUCAAUCCCACGCAUCACGUCACAAAAUUUAUGGCGCAGAAAAGGGAACAUCCAGAGCUAUUCCAAUAUGUGUUGUUCCCUGAUAUCUCAACCGACGAAGAGUUUCUCGAAAAGGUAUACAAAGAGCACAUCGCCACUGCACCAGGCGAGUGUCUCUAUGCAAUUAUCGACAAGACCUACACGCCCGAAGGCCAAGGCCAGAACCAGGAACAGGAUCCUAGUGCAAACUACGCAGGAACAAUAGCUCUGUCAAACACAAACACGGACAAUGCGUCUACCGAGAUAGGGAUUGUGAUCUUCCCGUCGUUCCAGCGUACGCAUGUCGCGAGCAAUGCUAUCGGGCUUUUGCUGCGCUACACACUCGACCCGCCUUCCUUGCGCGGAUUAGGGAUUCGGCGUGUUGAGUGGAAGUGUCAUACAGCCAACGAGGCGUCGAAGAGGGUUGCGCUGCGGAUGGGAUUCACCCUUGAAGGAGUACUGCGCUGGGACAGGGCGUUUCACGGGCCGUUUGGAGUUCCUGUUGAUGCUCUUGAGAAGAGGAAUGGGACGACCGGUGAGGCGAGGGGGAGACAUACCGCUGUGUUUUCGAUUGUUUGGGAUGAGUGGGAGGAGAAGCGUGUUAGGGUUUUGGAACAGUUGGAAAGGACGAAAUAG